AUGCAUAACAUUAUAAUAUUUGUCGUACUGUUCUCGACUGGGGUGUUAGGCAACAUCCCCGAUUGGUAUCCUGAAAAUCCUACCGAAAUCGAAAAGCAAUGCAUGCAACAAUAUCCGAUUAGUGAUGAAGCUAAAACUGAAAUCCGUAACUUCAAACUCGUCGAUGAUCCAAAUAUGAAACCCCUUUUGUUGUGUGUGGCCAAUGGCCAAAAUGUUUAUACAUCUGAGACGGAUCUUGACCCGGAACGUAUAGCAUAUAGUAUAUAUCGUAGUUUACAUUUAGAAUGUGCUUUGGAAUUGGUCCGUGAGUGUUUGGGAAGUCACAAGGAGCACAGUGUGAAUGGCAAUCAUGAAGAUUUCAUGUACUUAAGUUUGGAAUGCAUUUUCGGUGGUGCUCCGGGAAAAUGUACUAAUGUGGAAUGA